AUGGCCUCCCACGUUCGACGCCGCAACAUCCCCGAAUCGCAGCCGCAUCCUACCAAACCCACCGACAAACAUGAUUCCGUCGCCAAAGUCGACGAGCCGACCGACCUGCAAGUGGUGCAGAUUGUAACAAAGCCCAAGACGCGGAAGCGCCGCAAUACCUUCAUCUUCUUGCUCGGCAGCCUGUGCGGCCUAGUCGCAGCGGGCUUCUUCGCCUCGAGUAACGACUUGAUUGAGUUUCCCGAGCUGCUGGGCGACCUCAGCCUGGACUCCUUUGUCGACAUCCUCCCGGCGGGCCUGAUUAGCGAUGUCAAGGACCUCAUGCAGGGCGAGCGGGACAUUGCGCAGGCCUACGACUCAUUUUAUGUCGGCCUCAAGGCGCGCGCCGAAGGCCUGCACGCAGACCACCCCAUGGUCAUGAUCCCCGGCGUCAUCUCGACCGGCCUGGAGUCGUGGGGCACCGCCAAUGUCUCGCGAAGCUACUUUCGCAAACGACUCUGGGGCAGCUGGACGAUGAUGCGCGCCUUGGUCAUGGACAAGGAGAAUUGGAAGAGACAUGUCAUGCUGGACAAACACACUGGUCUCGACCCACCCAUGAUGAAGCUGCGUGCGGCCCAAGGCUUUGAUGCCACCGACUUCUUCAUUACCGGCUACUGGAUCUGGAACAAGAUUUUUGAGAAUCUCGCCACCAUCGGAUAUGACCCGACCAACUCCUUCACCGCUGCGUACGACUGGCGCCUGUCGUACCCUGAUCUCGAGGUUCGAGACCGCUACUUUUCCCGCCUCAAGUCUCAUAUUGAAGGCGCCUUGGCUACAGAUGGGAGGAAGGUUGUCCUAGCUUCCCACAGCAUGGGCAGCCAGGUCAUGUUUUACUUUUUCAACUGGGUGGAAUCUGAGAAUGGUGGCCACGGAGGCAGCGACUGGGUUGAGAAGCACGUGGAUUCAUGGAUCAACAUUAGUGGUUGCAUGCUCGGCGCUGUCAAGGAUCUGACGGCGGUUCUGUCUGGCGAAAUGCGCGAUACGGCACAGCUCAACGCCUUUGCCAUUUACGGCUUGGAGAAGUUUUUGAGCAAGGCAGAGAGAGCCGAAAUCUUCCGCGCCAUGCCCGGCAUCUCCUCCAUGCUUCCGAUCGGCGGCGACGCCGUCUGGGGUAAUCGGGGAUGGGCACCGGAUGACCUCCCUGGCCAAAACAUAUCCUAUGGCUCCUUCAUCAACUUCCGCCCAACCUCCAACAGCACUGCUUCCCUGCAAAACAUGACGGUUGAUGACGCCAUCGACUAUCUAAUGAGGGUCACCGAGGAUUGGUAUGAAGAAAAGAUAUCAAAGAGCUAUUCUCGCGGCAUCGCACGUACCGCGGCUGAGGUCGAAAAAAAUCAAGCCAACCCAAAGAUGUGGCAUAACCCGCUCGCAUCACGGCUUCCUAAAGCUCCAAGCCUCAAAAUCUUUUGCUUCUAUGGAGUCGGAAAACCUACUGAACGAGGAUACUACUAUCGCGUUCCCGAUCAGUUAGAAACUCUACUGAACAUUACCAUCGAUACGGAUUUUACAGGGGGGCCGGUCGACCACGGUGUAGUUAUGGGAGAGGGCGACGGCACCGUAAAUUUGCUAAGUACUGGGUACAUGUGCAACCGUGGGUGGCACCUGAAGCGUUUCAACCCAGCUGGCUCGCGUAUCACUGUCGUUGAAAUGCCGCACGAGCCUGAGAGGUUUAAUCCUCGAGGAGGUCCGAAGACGGCAGAUCAUGUCGACAUUCUCGGCCGCCAAAACCUCAACGAGCUGAUUCUGAGAAUUGCCGCUGGGAGGGGGGAAACUAUAUCGGACUAUAUUGUCAGCGACAUUGUCCAAUACGCAGACAAGGUGAAGAUUUAUGAGGAGGGUGAGGAGCCAAAGGGUGGCCGAUAG